CACUAUUUAGAACAUAAUUGUAUUUCGUGUAGAUUCUUGUACAAAUCUCGUAAAACGUUGUCAGCAAUGUCCAAACUUUUCAUAUUAUUGGGCCUUUUCUGUCUAUCGAAUGGCUUCAUAUUGCCUCAGUUCUACGAUUCGCCGAGCCCUCGUAUAGUUGGAGGAGAAAAUGCACCAGUUGGAAGCGCCCCUCACCAGGCAUCCUUGAGAAGUAUCUUCGGAUCUCAUUUCUGUGGCGGUUCCAUCAUUAGUAAGAGAUGGAUUUUAACAGCUGCGCACUGCACUGUAGGACAAUCCACCUUCACCAUAAAAGUGGUCGUUGGAACAAACAGUCUCACAAGCGGCGGGGAGAAGUACUCCGUCGAAAAAAUUAUCGUCCACGAAGAUUAUGAUGGUGGUGAGAUUAUCAAUGACGUGAGCGUGGUCAAGGUGUCAACUGAUAUAGAAUUCACUGACUUGGUGCAACCAAUUCAGUUACCGAAAACUGAUACCGCUGAAGGAGCAGUCCUGACGCUCACUGGAUGGGGCAGAACAUCGUACCCGGGAAGUCUCCCCGACAGGCUGCAGGUAAUAAGCCUGAUAGCUCUUAGUGUAAAUCAGUGCCAGCAGAUCUAUAAAGGUAUAGUCUCAUCAAAUGUGUAUGACACCCAGAUAUGUUCGUUGACCAAGAGCGGAGAAGGCGCUUGUCAUGGUGACUCCGGAGGCCCCUUGGUAGAGGGAGACAAGGUUGUGGGUAUCGUUUCAUGGGGAGUGCCAUGUGCGAGAGGAUAUCCGGAUGUUUACACUAGAGUAUAUUCUUUCAAACACUGGAUAUUGUCAAAAACCAAUAUGACUGACGAGUCUAUUAUAAAUUAAGAAGAUCAACUAAAAUCCAAUGCAUAAACGUUUUGUAUCCUGUUUAGUUAAGUUUUUAAUGUACUACAAUUGUUAAGUUUUAGUGUCUUAAAGAAAGUGAAUUUAAAUUUUUAUACUAUCAAAAAGACAACUUUAGGAAAGUGUUUAUAAAAAAAAUAGGAAUGUAGGCCGAUUUAUUCUUAUAGUUAUGUUUUAUAUAAUCUUAAAUAUUUUUCGAAAUUUGUGUAUUUUCUACCGAUUACUUUACAUUCAAACAUAACUUUUAUUGUAAACGUAAAAGAACACGUAUUUGUAUCCUACGUGUUUUAGGUAAGAGAGAAAAUUCUAUUUUAUAUGUAGCCUUUUUAGAGUUUGAAUUUUUUGUGACUAAAUUCUAAUAUAACCUAACAAUAAAACUGUCUUAACAUA